AAAGUUUUGUAUUGUUAAACCGUUCAUUCAGGUAUAAAAUAUUCUAUUUAAAUACGACAGACUUUUGACCCAGGUCUAAUACAUUUGACGAUAACUUUCUUCAUUUAACGGUUGAAUUGUGUAUUCAUAAAUAUCUUGGUUUGUGUACAAAAUAUGCAUCGGUCUUUUCGGAAUGCUAAAUUGAACGAUUCUUUUAAAAGUUUAAGGUUUUAGUAAACGAAAUGUAUGAUUUAUCUGAACUAUUUGUGUGAUCUGUUAUCGGUAGGUGUGUCUUUCACAAUUAGAGAUUAUAUUAGGAUAAAACAAUAUCAGUGUAGGGCACAGGAGCACGUUAAACACAUUUAAGUAAAAGUUCGUGUGAUUUUUCUUCAUUUUUCAUGUGGAUAAGCUUUUAAACUUGAAAUUCAAGAUUGUAAACUCAAAUCUGAACACACAUGACAAGUUUUUUGAAAAUAGUGAAACUAAUCAGUUUUCGGAUAUGUUAAUUUUGACUAAAGAUGCCUCGUAACGUAAGUCAGCUAGGGUUUUUUAUUCACGGAGCGGAAUAAAUUGGUUUAAUCAUGGGCGAAAGUGGUGGCCAGCCCAACAAGGACGAACAGUGGGUUCGAAUCCAGGAAACAACGUUCCGAAAUUGGUGCAAUGAACAGUUAAAGGUCAGUGGUCGAUCUAUUGAGAACCUCGCCACAGAUUUGUGUGACGGUGUGUGCCUGGCAGCGCUCGUGGAAUCAUUACAGUUUCGAAAGAUUGGAAGAGUAUACACAAAGCCUACCUCAAAGAUACAAAAACUACAAAACGUCUCACUUGCUUUAAAAGCUAUCACAGACGAUAACGUGAAACUCGUCAAUGUUGGCGGGGACGAUAUUGUCAAUGGAAACAUUAAAAUCAUUUAUGGACUUAUCUGGAGUUUGGUACAAAGGUACCAGAUUUCCGGUAAGAAAUCAAAAGCGCCACCUAAGAAAUUAAUGACAAUUUGGUUCCGAUCAUUACUUCCGGAAUUAGAUGUCACAAAUUUUACAACAGACUGGAACGACGGCGUAGCGUUACAUGCAUUGAUAGACCAUCUUAAACCAGGAGCGUCCCCGGACUGGAGAAAACUCAGUCGAAAUAACAGGAUUGAAAAUUGCCGACGAGCAAUGGUGAUAGCGAAAGAACAACUGAACGUGCCACGUGUUAUUAGUCCUGAAGAUUUUGCAAAUCCAUCUCUCGAUGAAUUGUCCAGUAUGACUUACUUAUCAUAUUUUGUAAAGCACGAGUCCCCGGGCUACUAUCACACCCUAAACUGGGCAUGCAAACAGUUGAGGACCACAAAUAUAACUAAUCUAUCG